AAAUUAUGGGCAGUAAUCUGAAACCGGAACCCCCUGGAUGUAAAUUUAUGCAAAACAGCCACCUAACUGCCAUUUCACUUUUCCCGGAAUGUUCCCGCCUCCUUUCCCUGAUUGGUUCUCUCUGCUGCUCCAGCAUUUUUCGUUCGAUAGAAAAGACAGCUGUGGUUUUUCACUUUUUACUCCGAGACACCCCCAAAAAUAUUUUCUCGGGGGUUUUCUCUUGAUCUCCCCGGAAGGAUGGAGGACAAAGAGGAAUCAGAACCCACAACCCAAAAUAAUAAACUGACCCGUCCACUCGUUCUCUCAGUAAUGGGGUCCAGUUUGGGGGUUUUGCAGUAUGGAUACACGUUCUUUCUUAUGACCCAUCCCGUUGCGGUAAAGAUUCAGUUGCUGAAUCUUCAGGAGGAAGGAUUGAAGGAAGAAGCUGUGCGUUUCAAGUUCUUAAUAUUACUUACCAUUUUCAUCCCUCUUGGAGGUCUUUUGGGAGUGUAUCUCUGGGGUUAUCUGGCAGACAAAUAUGGCAGAAAAUCUGCCAUCUUAAUUAGCAACGUAAUUAGUAUUUUUUCAGCUGCCAUCUUGUGUUUUGAUAAAAUAUUCCAGCGCUUUGAAUUCAGCCUCUUCGCUCGUUUUUUUGUAGGAAUAGCAUCAGGAACUCUUAAUUACUCUGUCUCUCUCUACAUCCUUGAAAUCUCUUCCUUGAAUCAAAGGGGAACCUUAGUAACAACUUUGGUUCUCUUCUUCAUCUGGGGAUACAUUCUGGUCCAAAUCUUAACCAGUCCCCAGAUCUGGGGAAACGAAGAAAGUUUUUCAUUAUUAGUGGGCGUUGCAGCCAUAUUUGCUAUAAUUAGUAGUAUAUUGUUGGUGCCUUGUCCCGAAAGUCCGAGGUUUCUGUACUUGCAGAGGAAUGACGAAGAGAAAGCAAGAGAAGUUUUGAAGAAACUGAGAGGGGAAGAAGACGUGGAGGAGGAAAUGGAAGAACUCCGUCAGGAACACUUUGCCGAAAGCAACCGGAAGAACAUGACAGUGUGGGAACUUCUUCGCUUCCGCAGCCUCCGGUGGCAUGUCAUCACUGUCGCGGUCUUGGUCUCCGGAAGUCGAUUUAUACAAACAAACGCGGUUUUAUUUUUUGCACAGCAGAGCUUUCAAACUUUAAAACUGUCUGCCAAAACUAUGAAGCUCCUUCCAUUAGUAGGAAGCGUGGUCAUCCAGAUGAUGCUUCUGACAACCAUCUGCACCAUCGAGCCCUUUGGGCGGAGGUUACUCAUUUUGAGUGGCUUCAUGAUAUGUAUCAUCUCAAAUAUUGCCCUAGUCUUCAUUUUUAAGAACGACAGCCCCGCGCUGGCCAUCCUCAGCAUUAUUCUGAUUUUCCUCUUCUUCGUGGGCUACGUAAUGGGGCCAGCUUCCGUUCUUCCCGUGAUUAUCGGUGAAUUGUUCCUCCAGUCAUCCCGAGCGUCCGCAUAUGUGAUUGCAGGAUUCAUCAGUUGGGGAAUCAAUUUUUUGUCAGCUUUGCUGUUUCUUCUGACUAAUGGGUUUUUCCUUCAUCUCCCCGGAAGGAUGGAGGACAAAGAGGAAUCGGAACCCACAAUCCAAGAUGAUAAACUGACCGGUCCACUCUUUCUCUCAGUAGUGGGGUCCAGUUUUGGGGCUUUCCAGUAUGGAUACAUGUCCUAUCUCAUCACCAAUCCCAUUGUGGUGAAGAUGCAGUUUAUGAUUCCUCAGAACGCCGAAAUCGAGAAAGACCCCGUGCGUUUCAAGUUCUUACUAUUACUCCCCAUUUUCGUCCCGCUCGGAGGCCUGUUUGGAGUGCUUCUUUGGGGCUAUCUAGCAGACAGAUAUGGCAGAAAAUCCGCCAUCUUAAUUAGCAACGGGAUUAGUUUCUUUUCAUCCGCCAUCUUGUGUCUUGAUAGAAUAAUCCACCGCUUUGAAUUCAGCUUCUUUGCUCGAUUUUUUGUAGGAAUAGCAACAGGAACAUUUACUUACUCUUUCUCUCUCUACAUCCUUGAAAUCUCUUCCUUGAAUCUCAGGGGAGCCUUGGUGAACACUUUGCUCCUCUUCAUCACCUGGGGAUACCUUCUGGUUCAAAUCUUAACCAAUCCCCAAAUCUGGGGAAACGAAGAAAAUUACUCAUUAUUAAUGGGCGUUAUAGCCAUAUUUGCUAUAAUUAAUAGUAUAUUUUUGGUGCGUUCUCCGGAAAGUCCAAGGUUUCUAUACUUGCAGAGGAAUGAUGAAGAGAAAGCAAGAGAAGUCUUGAAGAAGCUGAGAGGGGAAGAAGAUGUAGAGGAGGAGAUGGAAGAACUUCGUCAGGAACACCUUGCCGAAAGCAGCCAGAAAAACAUGACAGUGUCGAAACUUUUUCGCUUCCGCAGCCUCCGGUUGCAUGUCAUCGUCGUCGUGGUCUUGAUCGUCGGAAGUCGAUUUAUGCAAACAAAUGCGGUUAUAAUUUUCGCCAAGCAGAACUAUAGAACUUUAAAACUGUCUGACAAAACUAUGAAGCUCCUUCCAUUAGUAGGAAGCGUGGUCAUCCAGCUGAUGCUUCUAACAACCAUCUGCACCAUUGACUCCUUGGGGCGGAGAUUUCUCCUUUUGAGUGGCUUUUUGAUUUGUAUCAUCUCAAGUAUUGGCAUAGUCUUCAUUCUUCAGAAAGAGAGACCCGCGUUGGCCGUCCUCGGCAUUAUUCUGAUUUUCAUCUUCUUCGUAGGCUACAUAACGGGACCAGCUUCCAUUAUUCCCGUGAUUAUCGGUGAAUUGUUCCUCCAGUCAUCCCGAGCCUCCGCGUAUGCGAUCGCAGGAUUCGUCAGUUGGACUAUCCAUUUUUUCUCAGCUUUGCUGUUUCUUCUGACUAAGUCCUACCUUGAGUCCUACUACUUGCUCCUUUACUGGCCUUUUAUGAUCCUCGCCUUUAUUUACAUUUUCCGGGUAGUCCCAGAAACAAACGGCAAGACAUUUCAAGAAAUCCAGAAAAACAUGGCGGCCUGCAUCUCCAGAAAUUCCAGAAAAAUAACAGCUGAAUAGAAACAGGGAAUCUCUUUCUUCCCCUCUGUUUUCAAAAUCGAUCUGGAAUUUUAAAAAAGGAAGUAAAUCAGAAACUCUCUGGAAA